GCCGCGGAUGGCGCAGGCGCGUUUCGGAGGCUCGCGCUUGUGCUCCGAGCGCUGAGAGCCGGGCCGGGCAGGCGGGCGCGCGCGGGCUGGGCGGACGGGACGCGCGCCGUAAGCGGGCCGCCGGAGGGGUCUAGUUGGGCGGUGUCGAGAGCUGGACCCACGAGCUGAGGAGUGGACACCGCGAUGGCCGAGGGCAGCGCCGUGUCCGACCCUCAGCACGCCGCGCGCCUGCUGCGAGCGCUCAGCUCUUUCCGCGAGGAGUCCCGCUUCUGCGACGCGCACCUGGUCCUCGACGGGGAAGAAAUUCCGGUGCAGAAGAACAUCCUGGCAGCUGCCAGCCCGUACAUCAGGACAAAGUUAAACUAUAACCCUCCAAAAGAUGAUGGAUCAACCUAUAAGAUUGAACUUGAAGGGAUAUCGGUAAUGGUUAUGAGAGAGAUCCUGGAUUACAUCUUCAGUGGGCAGAUCCGGCUGAACGAGGAAACCAUCCAGGACGUUGUGCAGGCCGCGGACCUGCUCCUGCUGACGGAUCUUAAAACUCUGUGCUGCGAGUUUUUGGAAGGCUGCAUUGCUGCCGAGAACUGCAUCGGCAUCCGAGACUUUGCACUUCAUUACUGCCUGCACCACGUCCACUACCUGGCCACGGAAUACCUGGAGACGCACUUCCGAGAUGUCAGCAGCACAGAAGAAUUCCUAGAACUGAGUCCUCAGAAGCUUAAAGAAGUGAUUUCUCUCGAGAAGUUAAACGUUGGCAAUGAAAGAUACGUAUUUGAAGCAGUCAUUCGGUGGAUAGCGCAUGACACAGAAAUAAGAAAGGUCCACAUGAAGGACGUCAUGUCAGCACUCUGGGUUUCAGGGUUGGACUCCAGCUACUUGCGGGAGCAGAUGCUGAGUGAGCCGUUGGUCCGCGAGAUCGUCAAGGAGUGCAGCAACAUCCCACUCAGCCAGCCGCAGCAGGGCGAGGCCAUGCUCGCCAGCUUCAAGCCCCGGGGGUACUCGGAGUGCAUCGUGACCGUCGGUGGCGAAGAGCGGGUUUCACGGAAGCCAACAGCGGCGAUGCGAUGCAUGUGCCCCCUUUACGACCCUAACAGGCAGCUUUGGAUUGAACUGGCCCCUUUAAGCAUGCCGAGAAUUAACCACGGAGUCCUCUCAGCAGAGGGAUUUUUAUUUGUGUUUGGGGGCCAAGAUGAAAAUAAGCAGACCCUGAGCUCAGGAGAAAAGUAUGACCCAGAUGCAAAUACGUGGACUGCAUUGCCACCAAUGAACGAGGCAAGACACAACUUCGGAAUCGUGGAGAUAGACGGAAUGCUGUACGUCUUGGGGGGAGAAGACGGUGAGAAAGAGCUCAUUUCCAUGGAGUGUUACGACACUUACUCUAAAACCUGGACAAAGCAGCCUGAUUUGACCAUGGUUAGAAAGAUCGGCUGCUAUGCAGCUAUGAAAAAGAAAAUCUAUGCCAUGGGUGGAGGCUCCUAUGGAAAACUCUUUGAGUCUGUGGAGUGUUAUGACCCGAGGACCCAGCAGUGGACGGCGAUCUGUCCCCUGAAAGAGAGAAGGUUUGGAGCGGUAGCCUGUGGAGUAGCCAUGGAACUGUAUGUGUUCGGGGGCGUCAGAAGUCGCGAGGACAUCCAGGGGGGCGAGAUGGUGACUUGCAAGUCGGAAUUCUACCACGACGAGUUUAAAAGGUGGAUCUAUCUUAAUGACCAGAAUUUAUGCAUCCCCACCAGUUCCUCUUUUGUUUAUGGAGCCGUACCCAUAGGAGCCAGUAUUUAUGUCAUCGGAGAUCUUGACACAGGUACCAAUUACGACUACGUGCGGGAGUUCAAAAGGAGCACGGGGACCUGGCACCACACGAAGCCCCUGCUGCCCUCUGACCUCCGCCGCACCGGCUGCGCAGCCUUGCGUAUUGCCAACUGCAAGCUCUUCCGCCUGCAGCUGCAGCAAGGCUUGUUCCGGAUCCGUGUUCAUUCCCCUUGAAGAGGACGCAGAGCAGCAGCAGAGCUCCUGACCAAGCGCCGUGACACGGCUCCGUGCGGGGAGCGGAGGUGGCAGCCGAACCUUGCUCUGCGCGCCGGCCUUUGUGUGGUAACUCUGCUGGUUUCCUGUCGCUCGGCAGCCUGGGCCUCAGCUCUUGUUGGGGAGAACCGGUGUCUGCCCAGAAGCUCCUGGGAGGACUCGGUUCCUCCCGCAGAUGUGUCUGUAGACCCCCCCGGGGCUAGUCACUGUCAAAGGAAAAGGGAAGUGGGAAUCGGUGUGCUGUAAAAUAUCCAAGUUAGAAUACUAAGGUGCAUUCUCCCUGGAGGGAACCUGUAUCCGGCUUUGGUAAACAAACAAACAUCCGUAUAUGCAACUCAACAUAUCCAGACAUACCAAGAUUGCUUUUCUACUGCACUUGGGAGGACAUCCUAUGCCUAACUCUGCCCAGCAAGCUGAGGUUUGUGCCUGCAGUGUUAGCUUGGACUCAAGGCCCACUUACUACUAGUACUCUGUCCUAAGAAUCUUUUUAACAUUGUGUUGUGAUGAGUGGAAACUAAGGUAAAAUGUCUCCUUUAUGACACUCUAUCUUAGUAACCUGAAGAGGCGACCCAUGAAUGCGUCAGGUGGCAGGCCUCCCGUGAGCUGGAGGGGAGUUGCUGGCUUCUGUCUUAACUCCGAGGAGCGGGCGCCACUCCCAGGGUGGCACGCUCCGAGCGGCGCAGGACCUCGUGCCCUGCCCUGCUCCCGCCCCCGCGCAACCAAAACCACUUUAUAAAGAUGAGGAUGUUCGGAGGCGACUUUAUAGAAGAAAGACCCGGGCCGGGCACCUAAUGCAGGUCUGCUGUGACCAAAAAAAGGAGAGAAACCUGUCCGGAGAAGAUAUAUAGGGAUCAGAAACUUUCUAAAACAAUCUGUCUGAAAGCACACACAGUCUUGUUUACUACUGUUUAGGGUUGGAAAACGUGUCUUAGAAUGAAAAUCCAUGUCAAGAAUCUAGACUUUGUAGCAGAAUUUUCUCAGUGCCGUUCACUAGUACGAGUUUUAGACAAAUUACAAGUAAGGUUUAGCCGGUAGAAUCAACUACCUCAACUUAAUUUCAUUCUGUUCCUAGUCGAGUGAAUUAAUCCUUUCCUCCUCUGCUCGCUCUCACUCCCGGGUCGGCCCCUCCGCCCCGCUGCCCGUGGGGGGAGAACGGCUGUCACCAGUGGCGCUCACCUUGUGAGACGUUUUGUUUUCCAUUCAAAUUCUGCCACCGUGGUGUGGAACCAGGGGCUUCGGUGUGCUUGAUUACUUCAUAAUUUGAAUUUAUGCACUCUCGGUUUUCCGGUCAGUUUAAUAUGGAGCACCUCAUUUCGGAUUGUUUUCUACAGCCCCCCGCCCCCAGUAUACAGAAGCAGCAGCAUUUGAUUUUAAAGAUUAGCAAAUGUAUCAGUGUAUCAUUUGGUUCUAAUUUGAGAAGAGGAAUUUCUUCUAGAAACUUCCUGCAUGCACUGUUUGUGUGUUUUUCCCGUGCCUGUGAACCAUGGCUUGUGCUUUCCCAGCCACGGACCGUGGAAGGGGAACCUGCCCCCGGCUUUGUUUCUCACUCCUCUUCGAGGUCAGUCCCCGUGCUGGAACAGCUGCCGAGGAGCCUUGCCCUGUGAGCCUUCUAGGGACCGUGUGUGUCCACUGUAACUCUCCGUCCUGGCCCAGGAGGUGGGUCAGAGAAGGUGUGAGGUUGUCAUUGUCUCUGUCGGCGGCACGAGGCCAGGUUUGCACGGCCGAGCUUGGUUCGGAAGGCAAAGCCGGCCUCGUUGCUUCGUACUGGCUGCCGGUCCGUUGUCUGCACACUUUCUUCCCAGAUACCCUGGAUGUCUUUUAAUCAGAGCUGCAAAUGGCCACUGCAGCUUUUCACAACGAGACGCUAGUCUUAGAGGACACACAUGGCUAAAAAGUGAAUUCUCUGUGGUAAAAUGCCCCGUACGAAACAGAACCUUAGCCUUGAGAAGCCACAACUGAGGUACAUUGAAGUAGCAGCUGCUGUCCUGUUCAAGCUGUGACAGGUAGCAAUUCCCUUUUCUUCACUUCCUGAAGUUUCAGGUCCUUCCCAGUCCACACCAGGCCUCUCCAAGGAGAAACAGGUCAUUGUUUGGGAGUGAAUGGGUCCCUGUUGCAAUAUUACCAGUGCCUGCAUAACCCAGUCAACUCAUUUUAUAAAAAUAGUUCUUUUUUUUUUUUUUCUAAUUCAGUUAAUUGACAACUGUAGCUGCAGAAAUUAGGUAGUAUUUUUUAAAUGUAUUUGCCACAUAAUAUGGGAUGCAAUAACCAACAAAAGCUGCUAAGUGCCAAACUGUUAUUUUACUAUAUAUAAACAUAAAAAUACUAUGUUGAAGUAUAGGGAUGUAUUUAAUUUUAUUAUGUUCCAAAAUUAAUCAUGAUUCUUGGUAAAUUACAGUUAUUUCAGUAUUGUGAAAUAAAUUUUAACUCAUUUCACACAGGUUUGUGUUUUAACAUUCCGCUUAGGCCUUGAAACAUCCUUUCUUGAUAAAUUUUUGAUACUUCUUUUUCCAUAAGGCACUUUUACCAAGUGUAUGUUGGAAUUAGCGGCAAAAGAAUCAAUCUCAAAAUUUUAAAUACAGUAUCUUUGGGGGAAGUGCAAUUUAUUUUCAUUGUCCCACCAAGAGAAGGAGAGUUGUCUCAGGUUAGAAUGAGUGAAUAUUUAAAGGAUCUCUUUCAGGCUACGGUAUAAAGUAGGUUUGUUUGUUUCUUUGUUUAAUACAUCCAAAUAUAGAUUUUUUUCAAAGAUUUAAGAGUUUAAUUCAAAAUGAAGUCUUUAUUAUUUUGUAUGUAUAUGAUAGUGCUUAUAUUCUGUGAGAGGUAAAAAGUGUGUGUGAGAUAGAGUGUGUGUGUGUGUGUGUGUGUGUGGGGGCGAGAGCGAGAUCGAGAGAGAGAGAGAGAGAGAGAGGUGACUUUCUCAGUCUGUUUGUACAUGUUUACUUUUGGAAUUGCCGUUCCAAACUACUUAUAUUAUUGUCUCCUGGUGCUUCAGAUAAAUUCUUGAGCCUGUGGCCCUUCAGUUAAUACUACUGUGUUAAACUCAUGUUGAGUGUGUAUAUUGACAUAGCCUUCAUGUUUCUCUCCUUGAGUGUAUUAAACAGUAUUUACCAACAAGUAAGUUGGUGUGCUGCGAAGAUUUAGCCCAAGAAAUUCAGAAAUUCAUUGUUUCUUUCAUUCGUUCCUUCUUUCAUUGCCAUGAGGAGUUGAUAGCUAGCAGUAGGCUUUUGUCAAUCUGUGCAACAACCAAAAAAGAAUAUUUAGGGCCUGUUGGGCCUGUUGUUUGUCUCGAAGUGUUCUCUUAUCCUGCACUACCACUUUAAUGAUGGCACUUUCUUCGGUGAUGCCUUGGAAGUGCCGUUUUUGUCAUUUAUGAGUGGGGAGUUCCCUAGGCAACGCACAGGAAAGGCAUCCUUCGUGUGGACAUGGGAAGACAGGGCCCCUUGGCUGCAGCACUUCAGUAACUCAGGGCAGCAAGUUAGGUUUUUGGAGAGAUGUGUUAGCUGCCUUGGUCCGUUGGGAUUCUGUUCGGUGCAUUCCUGCUUCAGUGCACCAAACCAAGGAUCCCCAAAAGUUUUCCAAGGAGCGCUAAAAGCACUGCAGUAUUAACUUCCAGAAUGUUGGCUCUCUUGAGUCAGAAGGAGGCUGCCUGUGGUCAGAAGACAUGAUUAUCUGGAAAAAGAAUGAGACGGCACUUCCACUGCAUCAGUUUUAAAGAUGCUGGAGCCCCCUGGCAGGGCACCCUGUGGAAGGGAAGGGAGGGGCGAGGCCGUGAGCCUUGGGGAGAAGAGAGCCCCCGACGGGUGCAGAGAAGCCCGCCCCGAAUUUGAUCAGCCAUGUUGACGGAGCGUUUUCUCAGACCUCCGCUUGGGUUUCUGGUGAGCCCAGCAUUGAGGCAGAUGAAAUACUGCAAACUCCCUGUGGGCAGGGACGCCGUCUCAGUCUUCUGCUAAUCCCAGUGCUUGGCACGCAGGAGGUAGUCAGUACAUGUUUGACCACCGAUUAGAGUGUCCUCAUGAUCCAGGCGCUGGUGUUCAGUGCCCUGAAAAGGACUUAGCUGCAAAGGAGAUUUUAAAUGAGGAACGUGGUACACAGAUGGGCCGGGCUCGUCAUCCAGAGCAGGAAACCAGGCCAGACUAAAACAUGCCUGGCCUCUGUGACACACAGCUCCGUGGUCCCAUGUUCUGCAGGAUUUUUCAGACCCUGCGCGCAGCACACCUGAUGAUUUAAUGCACAUUUAAUGGUGGGUUUCGUUUGCUGCUUUUCACCCGGGUCAGAGUCCCCUCCAGAACAUAACUGCUUUGAUGUCACAUCUCUCGUGGGGCAGUGCUCUCCGUAGGGCAGAGGCCUAGUAGACACAGCUCCACUCCCCACUUCCGAUGUGAGUGGACACCAACCAUGGGAUCAGGUCUUCGAACGAUCCUUUCCUGGUGAGUCUGUUAAACAGUCACUUACUUUUCCAGGUGUACCAGUUUUUUUGCUUGGUUUUUGCUUUUUGCCACACCUGUGGCAUGUGGAUGUUCCCGGGCCAGGGGUGAAACGUGCACCACAGCCGUGACCCCAGCCGGGAUCCUUGACCCGCUGGGCCGCAGGAGAACUCCUAGGCCUACAGGUAUUUUAAUCAUGGAAUAAUCAUUUGUGGUAUAACUUAAACCCCCAACAUACCCUUUGUAAGUUGUACAAACAUAAGCUAAACGAUCUUUGGCUUUCUUUGUCAGUCAGCUAUAGGAAAUUUGAGAACUUUCCCAAGUCCUAAGAACGAAAGUGGUGUGUGUGUGUGUGUGUUUGAAGGAGAAGUCAUUUUUAUCUUUGAAGAGCUGAAGCUUCAUUUAUACUCCCUUUCUUAGCACGUGUUAUCAGCAAGGGAAAAGAUGCUGUGUCUUAGGAUGUUGAGAGCAUUUUGCUAGCAUCCUGAUCAUCCCUAGAGCGGUCUUUACAGCUGGUCGUGGAAACCAUAGACAUGCACGGUACAGGGGUGAGGACACCCCGCUUGCCCACCAUUAAGAAGAACGUGAACUCGGGUUCAGUCUGUCCUGCCUGCUGACAUGAAGUCUCAGUCCUAUUGGGCUGGAGACUUCCUCUAUAUUUUUGGCAAGCCAGCCGGUAAAAAGUCUACAUUUUUUGUAUUUGAAUUUAAAGCACAUCUCAGCUUUGUCUCAUCGCAAAUGAGACAUCCGGCACGCUCAGAUAGGACAGUCAGUUGCAUACCGUUCAGAAAAGUUAAUUCUUGUCCAGUUCUGUCAUCGAAGUUCUCUGAGCGCACUUCCCUUUCCUACGAAAUCAGUUAUCUGACGCAUAAAGCAACAUUGCGUAAGGAUCUCGUGAGACAUGUCUCUUGCCUUUUCUUUUUGUAUUUUGAGAUAAAAACUAAUCUUUUAAAAUUGCUAAAUUGAAGUUUGGGCUAAUUAUGUGUGUG